AUGCCGGUCCCAUUCGAGGCGUUGCUUCCCUACGCCAUCAUGAUUACCAUGUUUGGCGUGACGGGUACCGGCCUUGCUGCCGUCAAGAAGUGGCGAAACGAGGGCAAGCGCCCGCGAUACUCCCUGGAUCAAUGGGAUAGGCAAAUGAUGGAGCGCGACCGCCGGCUUACCGGAACGCUGCGAGGGCAGACCAAUCUUCCCGAAGCACCAUUGGGAUUUGAGCUAAGCAAUGGUUGGAGAAUGGAAAAACGAUUCUCCUAA